AUGAUUUCCGGUGAAUCUAAAUAUCACACUCUUUUGCGCAACUUCUCUGAUAUAACUCGACCUUCAGGCACGCAUAAAGUUCUUAAUCAUAAUACUCUCCAUUAUAUUAGGACAACUCCAGGACCUCUAGUUUCUUGUGCACCAGGGCGAUUGGCUCCUGACAAGUUGAAAAUAGCGAAGGAAGAAUUUGAAGCUAUGCUUAAAAAUGGACCAGCAAGACCUUCAGAAAGUUCAUGGUCAUCUGUACUACAUCUGGCACCUAAAAAAGAUAACGGGUGA